AUGGCAAAUCAAUCUGAUUCAUUAGCAAUAACUGAAGCUAAUCCACAGCUAACAAUUCAACGUAAAAAACCACAAGAACAAAGAAAAACGUUGAAAUUUGAGCUUGAUGGUCAAGUUAGAGCAUGCUGUUUGUCAAAACCAUUUACAUAUUGUGAUUUACUUAAAUGUAUUGAAAAUUUAUUUGGUAAUCAUACAUUAUCAUCGAUUGGUCCUAUUCAAUGUUUAUUGUCACGUAAUGAUGCAUUACGUUUACCAAUUACAAAUGAUAAAGAUUUAAAGAAAGUACUUACUACAAUUGAAAAAAAUGGAUCAAAUAAACUGAAUUUUCUUUUAACAAGAAAAAAACCUCAUACGAUAUCUCGAGUUAUAUCAAUUAAUAAUUAUGAUGAUUCAGGUUCAAUGUCUGAUGAUGGACAAACUAUUGAACUUGAUGAUAUUGGUCUUGAUUCACCACCACCUGGUACUAUUACACCACAAAAAAGUCCUACAAUAACAACAACAAAUACAAUUAGUCAAACAAAAAUAUCAAAAGAUGGAGGACUUUUUAUACCGGAACCAAAUGAUGAUACAUAUUCAAGUGGUAGUUCAUCUGUUGCCAGUCGAGAUUCGAGUAGAAGUAAAUAUAAUUCAAGACGACAUUUACCAACUACGUCGUUUGUUAGACUUAGAGCAUCAUCAGAUGCAAGUAGUGGUAGUGGCAUAAAUUCAAGUAGCAGUUCAUCUCAAACAAAUUUAAAUGAAUUCUUAUGUACACCAUGUUCUUGUUCUAGUCGUCAGCAUAAAUCACCACAAACACCCACUAAUUGGAAAUUAGGUCGACAAUUAGGACAAGGUGCUUUUGGUAAAGUUUUUGUUUGCUAUGAUGUUGAUACUGGUAGUGAAUUAGCAAUUAAACAAAUAUCUAUCCGUGGACUUAAUUCUGAAACGACACAAAAAGUUAAAAUUCUUGAAUGUGAAAUCAAUAUAUAUAAACAACUUGAUCAUGAACGUAUUGUUCGAUAUCAUGGUGCACUACAAACAGAUGAUUGUUUACAAAUAUUUAUGGAAUUUAUGGUAGGUGGAUCUGUACGUGAACAAAUAUUAAAUUACGGUGCAUUAACAGACCAGUUAACAAAAAAAUAUACAAGACAAAUACUUGAAGGUCUUGUAUAUUUACAUGAAAAUUAUUUUGUUCAUCGUGAUAUUAAAUGUGCGAACAUCUUGAGAGAUAUCUCAGGUAAUAUAAAAUUAGGUGAUUUCGGUACAUCGAGACGACUUAUUGCUAUUACCAAUCAAAAUCAACCAAAUUCUGGAACUAUUGGUACAGCUCAUUGGACAGCACCAGAAAUAAUUCGAGGAAAUAUUUUUGGACGUAAAGCAGAUAUUUGGAGUCUCGGUUGUACUAUAGUUGAAAUGUUAACCACUGGUCCUCCAUGGCAAAAUCUACAACCAAUUGCAGCUAUAUUUCAUAUAGCUACGUCUGAAAAACCUGAAUAUAAAUUACCAGAAAAUGUAUCCUCUUUAGCAAGAGAAUUUAUUGAUCUAUGUCUAACAAAAGAUUAUCAUCAACGACCAACAGCAUUAGAUCUUAUAUGUCAUCCAUUCUUAGAUAAUAUUCGUUUUCAUCAUCAUUAUCAUCGUUCAGAUGCUCUUCAAUAG